AUGGAAAUAGCAUUAGUAGAAAAUGAUUAUGUUCUACCGACUGCAAUCUAUAAGCAUGAUUGGAUUCAUAUUUUUUAUAUGGGUACAUGUAUUAUAUUCUUUGUGAUUCAAGUGUAUCAACGUAUCUCUGUAGAUCUCAUUUACUCUUCAAGAGACUUUAAGAGUAGUUUAUAUAUUCCUUCUCUCAAUCGAUAUCCAACUGAAUUAACUCCAACUUCGUCCAGUAUGUCAUAUAUUUGGUAUGUUGUUUUUAUUUGGCAGGCUGCAUGGAUUAUUUAUUCAGUAAUUGGUAUUUUUCGACGCACAUCAUCAGGUACUUACUUUUAUCAACAUCCAUGUGCCAUGAAUAAAUGGUGUUAUUUCUAUACUGUAUUUGGUCUUAUUUUGUUUACACCACAAUUGGCAGCAGCUUCACGAAAUAAAUAUGGAAUUGGAAUGUCAAUAUUUCGUCAUUUGGGAACAUUAUGUGAAUUACUUAUUAUUCUUGUUGUUGUACAUGUGUCACUGUGGGAAAACGUGAAAAGUUAUUUGCGAAAUAAAUUUUUUGCCGAUGUUUGGUUAACACGGUUACUGUAUCAUAAUGGUUUAGCUUUAUGGGCAUCUGUUAUUUUCUAUGAAAGUUGCUUGUCAAUUAUAAUAGGUCUCAUUUAUGGUGAUGUGAUGUCAUCAUCAACAGCUUCUAUUAUUGGAUGUUUACUUCUUUGUUGUGUAUUUAUUAUAGUUAGUCUUCUUGAAAAUUUCGUUUUCUAUAAUGCACUUGCAUUUACUCUAUCACCAUGCAUCAUUUCAAUGAAGAAAACGCAGCUUGGUUCGCGUGAUUUACUUAUUAAUGGUGGUGGUUGUCCCGUAGAAGUCUUUUGUCGUCUACGGCCACCAAAAGAUAAUCAUAACGAUCAACAAACAGAUAAUUCUUCGUCAUGUAUUAAAGUUGCAAGUUCCAAAGAACUUGUUCUCUAUUCGUCCGAGAAUGCUAAAAAUGCACAAAUUAGAGAAUCUCGUUAUGACUUUAGUCAUAUUCUUACAGAUAAUAUUUCUCAAUCAGCUGCAUUUAAAGAAUUAGCUUUACCGUUACUUGACGAUCUUAUUCAAGGCAAAAGCAGUGUAUUAUUUACAUAUGGAAUUACUGGUUCUGGCAAAACCUAUACAAUGAUGGGCCCAUUGAAUAAUCCCGGUUUGAUUCCACGUUCAUUUGAUGUGAUUUUUAAUUCAGUUGGACCUUAUCUUGGAAAGAAAUAUCUUCUACGUUCUGAUCGACAAAAUAGUUAUGAAAUUCAAAGUGACGCUGAUAUUUUACUCGAACGACAACGUCGAGAACUUCAAAUGGCUAGAAGCGGUAAUAAUCAACGUUUCAAAAAUCCAGAGUCAUCAACUCCACGUACAUUAGAUACAACAUCAUUAUGGAACCCACAACUAAAUGAAAAUUGCUCGUACUUUGUCUUUGUGACAUUUGUUGAAAUAUAUAAUAACUAUAUUUAUGAUUUAUUCGAUGAUGAUAUUCUUAAUAAAGCACCACAAUCGAAACAAUUACGUGAGGAUAACCGUGGUCGUCCCUAUAUAAAAGAUGUCAAAGAAGUUGAAGUACGUACCAGUGAAGAAGCUAUUGAUUUACUUAAUAUGGGUUUAAAACGACGACGUAUCGCUCAUACGCAAUUGAACACUGAAUCAAGUCGUUCACAUAGUGUUCUAUCAAUGCGUCUGGUUCAAUUUCAAACUGAUAUUCCACCAACAUCACUUACAAAAGAUGAUCUAACAGUGAGCACUAUUCAUUUAGUUGAUUUAGCUGGUAGUGAACGUGUUAAUCGAGCUAAAACUGUUGGUGAACGAGUCAAAGAAGCAAGCAAUAUUAAUUCAUCAUUAAUGGUUCUUCGACAAUGUUUUGAAGUUUUACGUGAAAAUCAAGCACAAAGUACAAGCAAGAUGGUGCCAUAUCGUGAAUCAAAAUUAACAUCUUUCUUCAAGAGUUACUUUGAUGGUGAAGGUCGAAUACGAAUGAUACUUUGCGUUAAUCCGACUGUUGAUGGUUAUGAAGAAAUUCAACAUGCACUUAAAUUUGGUGAAUUAACAAAAGAUGUUAUGGUACCACGUUCUUUGCCUCCUCCUCCACCACCACCUCCAGUUCUACCAAAAACAACUACUCGUGCUGCUGUUUUACGAGAUAUCGACAAUCAACAGCAGCAGAAUAUGCAAGCAGUACUUUUUACUGAAUUCAAUGCUCAAGCAUUAAUUUCUCCAUUUCCACCGCUUGAAUACUCGCUCUUGGGUGGAGUUAGUGAUGAUGAAGCUAUUUUAAAUCUUCAAGAACAUUUACGACGACGUAUCGAAGAACGACACCGAUUAAAUAUGCUUAUUCAAGAACAACAAGAAUUCUUACGUAAAUUUACAUUCGAAUUAGUAUCUGAUUAUGAUUCAACCAUAUCAAAUCAUGAUGAUUUGUCAAAAGAAAAUGAACAACAAACAAAAACAGUCCGACAAUUACAAACACGAAUUAAACUAUUGGAAAAGUCACAAAAUGAUUUGUAUAAGACAACAAAUCAAAUUGAACGUGAAAAUAAAGUACUCAAAACACAGAUUGAUGAACGAAAUAUUGAAAUAAAAUCAUUGAAGUCUGAACGACGAAAAGAUAAAAAUGAUUUUGAAAAUAAAAUGAAAGUUAAAUUAAAUGAAAUUGAACAACACUAUGCAAGUUAUGUCUUCAAUAAUAGAGAAAACCAAAUGCGUGAACUUGAACGUCAACAUGAUGAUAAAUUAAAUAUCAUUCGAUCGAUGGCUGGAAGUAAUAACAUUACCAAUGAACAAUUUUUAAUUCCAGUUAAUUCCACAUCUUCACAUACUAAUCCCGAAAAUCUAACUGAACAUGUUUAUCAAAAUCAAAAUCAACAACAGCAAUACCAUCGUGUAGAAAUGAUCAUAUCUCACAAUAAUAAUAAUAAUAAUAAUAAUAAUAAUAACAAUAAUAAUAAUUCACCAACAUUGAAUUUAACUGCUCGUCGGCGUCCUAAUACUCCACAUACGCCUAAUACUGAACCGAUGAAUAUUGAAAAUGGAAGUGGACAUGCAGUUGUUGCUCAUCCAAGACAGCAACAUCGAAGAUCACGUUCAUUAAGUGAAAUUUGGCUCGAACAUCGUCCACUAGGAACAAUUCAAACAGAGACUCUUCUUCAACCGAAAUUUCAUAAAAAAGUAUGCACUCAACAGGCACCAGCUAAAGAAGAAAUAAUUCGAACAACAAAAUAUGUGUUAACACAUCAAAAUCUCGAUGCACAAGGCGAAAUUGUUACUGAUUUUGUUAAAGGCGAUGUUCUUGCAUCAAGCACGGGUGGUGUUAAUGUUAUUUUUAACGAUGUUGAAAGAUUAACAUGUACAUCGCCGCCCAAUCCUCUAAUGUUACAUAAACGAUGCCAAAGUGAAGAAAGAAAUAUGCAGGAAACAAAUACGCAAUCACUCUCGUAUCGUCAGGGUCCAGCAGUAGCACCAAAACGAUUUCGUAUGUAA